AUGGCAGGUUUGAAUUCGAAUCCGUUCGCGGAUCCAUUUGCGGACCCGAGUGUGCAACAAGCAGUUGGCCAGGAGACAACAGAUUUCGACGAAGAUUUCAAUCCAUUUGCUCGAAAUGCUCAGUCUGCUCCUUCGAGGCUUCCCACGCAGACUGGAGCUGGAGCGAUUCCAGCUACAGUCUCGGCACCAGUGAUGAGCAGUGAUGAGUUGUUUCGACGUCAAGAGGAACUGGAACGAAAAGCGCAGGAGCUGCGUAGGAGAGAGCAAGAAUUAGAACAACAUCAGCGAACUGGUGCUUCCACAGGAAACACACGGCCUCAUAAUUGGCCACCACUCCCAUCUUUUAUCCCACUUCAGCCGUGUUUUUAUCAGGUAUUUUUGUAA